AUGAGCCCUCUAAUCAGGCUAGCCUUAACAAUCAACUUCAUUUCCACUUCCCAUACCUUCACAUCGCUCUUUAACCUCUUAACUUUCCCUCAUACCCUUCUCAAAUGGACAUCACAUUUCAUUUUCCUCCACUUCUCCCAUCCCUUAUCAUGCACCCUCUUUCGAGAUAACUCCGCAACCUGCACCUCCAUCUCACGGGAAGAUUGCGCCGUCUGUCUCUGCAGAAUGGAAGAAAGAGAAGAAGAGAUUGUAACCCUGCGCUGUGAACAUGCCUUUCACAGAGGUUGCUUCGACACUUGGGUUGCUUUCAACUCUGCCGCCACCACCACUUGCCCUCUCUGCAGAGAUUCAGUGUCUCCAAAACGGAAGAUUGUUGGAGAGUGUCAACCUCGUAUUCUUCCAUUUCAUUCUUCUUGUUCUAUCAACAAUCAUGAAUCUGAGAUAAAGUGGUUACGAUGA